AUGGAACAUAUCUGUCAAGAUGAUGAAAAAGAUGAAAGAUUUAAGUGUCAUUCACUUGCUGAAACGAAUGAAGAACAUUUGGAAGACUGGUUUUACAAUCGUCAAGAAAUUGAUCUAAGUUUAGAAACCUUUCUUUGUGUCAAAAAACUCUCCUAUUGCUGUGAUUCUGGCUAUUUUGCCCCUGAAUGUUCAGCAUGUCCUGGUUUAAAAGAAUCCCAAAAGGCGUGUUUUGGACGAGGAUCUUGUGAUGGAGAUGGCAAACGUUCUGGGAAUGGAACAUGUUCUUGUCAUCAUGGCUAUAGUGGAAAAUUAUGUAGCAAUUGUGAUUCCAGCUUCUUUGCAAUAACACAAAAUGCUACAUUUAUUGAAUGUCAUGAAUGUUUUGACGGCUGUGGUAGUGGGUGUACUUUUGCUGGACCAAAGGGUUGCAAUGCUUGUAGAAGUGGAUAUAAAAUGGAUGAGGAAAAUGGCUGUAUAGAUGUUGAUGAAUGCAAGGAAGAUGAACAAAAAUGUCAAAAAGAUAAUGAAGUUUGUGUCAAUACUCCAGGCUCUUAUGAAUGCAAAUGCAAGGAAGGCUACAAACGUUCUAAAGAUGAUAAUUGUGAAUUGGAUAUUGAAGCUCACCCUUCUCCAUUCUUCAUCGGGCCAAUUCAAUUACUUCGUUUAAUUGCAUACUUGUGUCUUUUAUUGAUUUCAUUUUUUGUCUUUUUCGCCUAUCAAAAACCGUUAGCAAUUGGGCUAAAUAUUCUUACGAUUUUUAUUGUUGCUUUAAUCGACGUGUAUUUUUAUUUGAAUGAUGUUGGUGAUAAAAGACGGGAUGAGACGAUAUUCAGGCACUUGUUUAAAUUUCUAGCUUGUUUUCAGUUUUUAAAUUUUACUUAUAAUUAG